AAACAUAAUAUCAUAAUGGAGGAAGUUGAACACGAGCAUGAACUAAAGCUCAUUGAUAUGCAUCUAAAGUAUGCAGAUCGACACGUUGAAGAUGAUGAUGAAGUUGUUUUUUUGAUUGCCUGGGGGGAAAUUGGAACUCUAUGUCACAGAUGUAGACAACAAAUCAAUUUGCUCCAUAGGUACUACUACAAAUGUAUGGGAGAGAUGUGUACUUUCUCAGUUCACGAAUUCUGUUAUGACCUCCCGAAAACUUUAGAACACCCAUUACACCCACAUCCCCUUAUCCUAACCCGCAGUCGUUUCGGUCAAAGUUUCGAAAAUAGAUGCAGAAUUUGUCAGACGCAUCAUGAGAAUUCAGACGUACAUUAUCAAUGUUUCUUUUGUGAUUUCUUCAUUUAUGUAAGCUGUGCCCUGAAAAUAGAAAAAAACACCAUCCAUCAUCCUAGUCACCCUCACUUGCUAAUGUCUGCUAUUGCUAAGCACAUUUUGUGCGAGUGUAGUGCUUGCGGGAAAAGACAUGAGGGGGUGUUCUAUCAAUGUACCACUUGUGUUGGCUUCACCAUACACAAGGAUUGUGCUAAGCUACCAAGAUAUUUGCUCAUCCAAGAGAGAACAGAUGGUGCCUUUUAUCAUAUUCAUCCACUCACCCUUUCAUAUUCCUUCCCGGAAGAAGAUCAAAAAGCCAAACAUCAUCCUAGAUGCAGAGUAGGCACUAAUGGUUUUUAUGAUACGGAGAAUCUUUGGAUUUACAAAUGUGAUGUCUGCAUGUACUAUGCCCAUCUGGAUUGCGCAACAUCAAGAGGAGAGCCAUUCAUGUCUAUCUUCUCGCCUGCUGGCUCAGGCAAAUCAAUUAAAAAUUUUGAAGAUGUUGACCAUCCUCACCUUCUUCAUCUCCCAUUCCCUGAUGAAUCUUAUAGCCUACCAAAACGCUUGUUUUUCAAAGAAAGUGGAACAUUCGUAAUUGAUAAGGAAAUUGCAAUUCAAGCAGACAAGAAAAAUGAACGAAUCCAUGAAGAGUUUUUAGCUUCUGUUAUUACUUGA